AUUAUCAACAAGUAGAGAAAGACGUAGGUCAACAGACCGACGCUUAUUUAACAAGUGUAAAACUGCGUUUAGAAAGGUAUCGCACAGAAAAACAGUCCAUUUAUACCAAAAUGGAAAGAUCUAUAGAUGAAAAAAGCAACGCAAUAUCAGCAAAAGUUAAAGAAAUUACGUCCAAGCAGGUGAAGACUUUAGAAGCUGAAAAGGAAAAGCUAGAAAUGAACAAGAUUUCCAUUCAGAGCAUUCGUGAUUUUGCUCAGCAGCUCACAGAAACCGGUUCUGACAUCGAGGUCAUGACCCACUCUAAAAAACUCCAAACAAGAAUCCAGGAGUUAGAGACAUUAGAACCAGUCUUUGAUUCUAAGAUCACCAAAAUAACAUUCACACCAGGGAAAACAAAAAUGGAUGUUGUGCUACAGUUUCCGAAAAUGCCUGAACCACGGCCGCUGUCCAUCAAAACGGGGUCCAUUACCGCCAAAACAUACCAGGGUCCCUUGGAUGCAUAUUUUGGAAGUUUGAAACAAAAGAGAACACACUGUCCCGAGCUUAAGAAAUUUCAGAAUGUCCCAUGGCUUGACAUGCCAGAGCGUACUACGUUUGUUAAUGUUAAAUGUCGGCCGUGGGAUAUGCAGUGCACAGAUGACCGUUGUGUCUUAGUUGUCCAUGGUAUUACAGUGCCCGUAUUCUCCAGGACAGGUCAAUGUAAACGAGAGAUCCGUAUAGAGAGAGGGGGGAGGCGUAUCGCUAUAGUCAGUAACGAUAGAUUCGUGGUCACAAGCCAUGAUAAAUGCUGUAGACUAUUGAACCACAAUGGUCAGAUAAAGAAUACUGGGUACGGUAAACCUUCCACGGGGUUUGCGACAGGCAGUGAUACUAUUGCUUUGCGUCUCGCAGAUGGAGACGAGGUGUGGAUUUAUUUGGUGGAGGCCACGUCCUUCAUUACACUCCUGGGGAGUUCCACAGCACUUUCACUGGUCGCCAGAAUUCCGCUGACGUUACCAGCUCUAUCCAGACAACAGCAGCAUUAA